AUGGUUGCUACUAUCCGAUCGGUCGUACGGGCUGUGAAGGACCGAGGAUACGGGAGGAAGGCUGCAGACUACCAUGACAAGCAGGAGGGCUCAAAGGAUUUCCCCGGACGACGGAAAUAUCCCGGCUCUCCACGCACCGCGUAUCAAACGCCCGGCAUCGACGAGGUGUGCGAAAGAGAUGCAUGCUCCCUAUCACCCGCCCGUUCCCCUACCCUCUUCGACCCCGCUGAGUUCCCACCCAGCCCCACGCCCACCCUCUUCACCCCCUCCGCCCCCUCCCCUGCGCUGUCCCUAGCGUCCUUCGCCUGCACCGCCCGCCUCGGCAAGGGCGCCUCCGGCGUCGUCUUCUCCGCGCGGCACCGCGCCUCGGGGCGGCUCGUCGCCGUCAAGCUAGUGAAGAAACACAUGGAGCGCAACGUGUGGGUGCGCGGGGAGCAGGAGGCGCUGAGACGCGUCGUGGGCGUGCGCGGGGCGGUGCAGAUGAUGGCGAGCUUUGAGGAGCGGGAGGGGUUUUGUUUGGUUAUGGAGUAUUGUCCUGGCGGGUCGCUCGCGCGAGAGCUGAGGAGGGUGAAGCGGCUCUCUCCUUCACGCGCUCAAUUUAUUACGGCUUCUUUAAUUUCAACCCUUUCCGAGCUCCAUGCACUGCGCCUCAUCCACCGCGACAUCAAGCCCGGCAACGUCCUCUUCUCCGCAGACGGCGCCGUCGUCCUCGCGGACUUCGGGCUGUCAGUCGCGUUCGACGAGUACGACGAGGAGGAGAAGGUCAGCGGGGACGCGGGGACGUGGGCGUUCAUGGCGCCGGAGAUGUUCGUCGGCGAGUCGUAUGGUUAUGAAGUGGAUUUUUGGGCGGUCGGGGUUCUUCUAUAUUUGAUGCUUUUUGGCAAGGUUCCAUUUGGACGUCGGGCUCGCUAUGUUGAAGACUUGGUCAAUUGCAUAAUGCAGGACCCCCUCUAUUUUGGUCACACUCGUGUAGAUGCCAAAACGCAAGACUUCCUGCAGAAAAUUCUCAAUAGAGAUUCAGAACGACGAUUAACUCGCGUCGAAGAUAUCAAAGCGCAUCCUUAUUUUGACAACAUCGACUGGAACAUGUUCCAUGGUCCUACUUCUCGCUCACCGGCCAUUCAUGCUGAUUCCCGCGCGCAGCUGGACUCGGAGUACGUGGCAUUCGAUGACGUACCCUCACUGCCGUUCGCUGUGGACGGAACUCCUUGGGACGGGCCCGAGUAUCCAGAUUUCCAUUACGUCUCCCCGGAACUGGUGCCUCUGGCGAAGUACGAGGCUGACUCUUCGAAGGCUAUCACCAUCCCACAUCACCAUUUUCCCACAAAAUCCGAAUCCAUUGCCCGGCAUGGACGUGCAGAUGGAGAUAGGCGGAGACGUAGGAAGUGGUACAAACCUUUCCCUAUGUAA